AUGAUUUCACAAGUAAAAUUAAUAACUGUGCGUCCAAUAUCAUCUGAAUGUGAAUAUAUCUGGAUAUAUAAGACAAAUGAAGAUCUGUGGAAUGGUAGUAAAUCUAUUGUGUGGAUUCCUUAUCCUUCUGAUAUAUCAUCAAUAUUGGAGAAAGCCUUUAUAAGUGGUGUUGAUCAGACAUUUAUUAGUAAACGAAAUCGUAUUGAUUUCAUAAAGUUUGUAGAAGAGUAUAUUGAAGGAGAAAAACGACAACGACCUAUACGACGACGUUAUUUUAAAGCAUCGAUGACCAAUAACGGAAUAAGUGAAGAUGAAACAGCUCAUGAUGAAAGAUUAUCGUUUCCGUUGAGUAUUAAUGGAAAAACUAGUACAACUAUAGAUACAACAUAUCAUGGUUCACUAUUUAUAACAGAUUGGUUAUUAUUAUUUACUCAAGGUAAAUUUGAUGUGACAUUUGAUAAUAUAUUUCCUGUUCUUAUUAAUGGAUUGAUACAUGAAGGACGUUAUCAACCAAAUAAAACAGUUAAAGAAAUAAUUGAUGCUUUGAACUUGGUCAAAUAUGAAAAUUUUAAUAAGAACGAUAGAAAAAAAAUGAAAAUGUUACAAGAUUGUUGUGCUAAACUGUAUACAAAACAAUGUUUUCUAUUUCGUAUUGUUAAUACAGCAUUACGAGAUGAUGAUAGAACUAAACUUGAAACAUUAGGUCCAUAUUGUUAUCUUGUUUAUAAUUAUAUUGGUCGAGAUAUAAAUGAGAAUUUAUCAAUUCGUCGUUGUAUUUCACAAAUAAUUCAUCGAAGUAUAUCUCAAUCUAUAAUUGUCUAUCGUGGUGAUAAUAUUUAUCAUGAAAAAAUCGAAGAAUAUAAACAAGCAAUUGGAAAAAAAAAAUAUUUUAAAUGGCUUCCAUUUGUUUCAACUUCACUUAAACGUUAUGUUGCUGAAACAUUUGGAUUGAAUGUUUUAUAUAUAAUUGAACUAGGACCUUAUCUAUCUUAUGAUCAAUUUACAUAUUUGAAUAAAAAUACAUUUAUUCAAUGUGAACAAGAAAUACUAUUGAGACCUGGAGCUCGAUUUCGUAUUAUCAAAUUAGAAUUUGAUCAUAUUUCACAACGACAUUUGAUUUAUAUCAAGAUAAUUCCAUCAUAUAUAUCUUAUUUGAGAUAA